AUGAAGGACAUUGCGUUUUUCUUCCUGCCUGCGGGGAUCGGGCUGUCGUGCUUGCUGCUGAGUGGGGUGGCCCUCUUCCAGCGCAUGGCCAUAUCCAUUCAAAAGAGGAGCGUCAACUUCCAGAUUUACAAGUACCAGGUGAACGUCUCAGUGUCAUCCCUAGUCUCCUUUUACGCGUUGCUGCGCCUGGCCUUUACCAUCCUAGAGCUGAAGAACCACAACGAUGAGCAGCACACGUUAGACCCUUCCCUCCACGUCCCCAACGUGCACAGGGCCUACCUCAAAAAGAUGAGACUGCAGAGGAACUUUUGGAUCUUGCUCCUCUGCUCAAUUGCAUGGGUUUUUUACAUUCGAUUCACCUACCUAAUUUUGUACUAUCGAGAGAAGGUUAAGAAGAGCGAUGAGGAAUACGAAGCGGUGAUGGUGCUGAAGGGCACGCUCAACAAGUGCACGAAGGAGGUGGUGGCUCCGAAAGAGGGAGACCGAGUUAAGUACAGCGAGAGCUUUCGGGAGGAAGGCCUAAUGUCGGCCAGUGACAUCACCACGGACGGGAACGCCAACACGCCGGAGAAGUCGUCCGUGCUGGAGGACGGCCAGCGGAAGAACCCCGGCAUUCGCCAGCGCCGCUGA